UGGUGCGCAUCACAUGACCGUCAUAAGGUUUUUUUCUUCACUGGAAUAGGCGACGUCGUGCAAGGCAAAGCGAAAAUUUUCACCACCAUUUUUCGUUUGUAGUUUCAGUUCACUUUUCGUAAGCGAAUCCAGCGAGAUGUUGUGGAAAUCGCUGAUUGCGUUGUGCGUCAUUGGGGCUGCCUUGGCGGAGCAAACGCCCGUCUUUCUGUGGGGAGCCAACAGUGUGGCAAAGCCCUCUCUGAAGACGGUGCCCCAGGCGGAGUUUGCCGAGCAGUUGGCUACGUUGCUGGAAGAUCACAUGGUUGUGGCCUUCGAGGAAAAUGGCCUGAGCAACAAGGACUUCCUGUGCUCCAACGCCCAGUCGCAGUCCUGCUACGCCCAGCUGCAAGGAGUCAGCCCCAAGACCUACUACACCAGCGUGGAGAAUCCCUCGGAGGCACUGCGCUCGGUGGCCGCCAAGCGGGAGCACAAUUCCAUCGAUGCUAGCGGCAAGCUCAGCACCCCGGCCAAGUGCUCCGUGGGCACUGCCCUGUUUGUGACCUUCGAGGACGCUGCUGAGAGCCGCCAGGCCAGCCUGGAGUCACAUGACGCCGCCAUUGCCGCUAUCAGCAAGCAGUUCGAUUGCAAGGUGGCUUAUCUGUAUCUGGCCGCUCCCUCGACCGCCCCCGUGGUGCAGCGUCGUACCCGCCGUGACACGGCCGCCACCACCGGCGGCACAUUGUGGCGCUACAAAAACCAGUUUCUUAUGUUUUAUACCGCCGUGCUGUACAACGGCAACGAUGUCACUGUCAACAACAUCGCUGUCACCAAUUCCAGUAAUCCCGCAUCCCAGUUCUCCGUUCAGCUCUCUACGACUGAUGCCACCAAGCCGAUCACAUUUGAUAUUCUUUAUGAUGGCGGAUACUUUAGCGUGAGCAACCUGAAAUACGACGGUAGUACCUUCCGCACCACGGGCGUUAAUGCCCCCACCACGUUUUCCUAUUCGUGCGGUAACCUCACCCUCGAUUCCGUGGCCGUGAACAACAUGUACAACACCCUGAGCUUCAAGUCCCUGCAGCUGCAGGCUCCCUUCGAUAGCACCUACAGCGAGGAAUUCGCAUUUGGCGAUUCCUGGGACUGCGUGGGCUUCGUGACACCCGGAAUCCUGAUGGGACUUUUUGUGGUCGCCCUGCUGCUCGUCAUCAUGUUCGUCGGCGUCUGCUGGAUGAUGGACAUCAACACGAUGGACCGCUUCGACGACCCCAAGGGCAAGACCAUCACGAUCAACGCCGCCGCCGAGUAAAGGGUCAACUCCAUUAGUUCACACCUUAUUUGAUUGUUCAAUACGCACUCAAUAUUCAUUCCUUUAUUCCUUCAGUCUAUCCACAUGUAUUUGUAAACGAACCAAUACUUAAUACCAUAACCACAUAACACAUAACCGGGAAAUUAGUCCUCACAAUUUGUAUCGUAAAUGUAAUUUUCGCCGCCAAAGAUCAGCUUACGUUCAGCAUCACAGCGUUGCUGAUCUUUGUCGCCGAAAAUUGUCAAAGGAUUUGCUUGCACCGACUUGUCAUCCAGUAUUUCAUUUAGUAUAGCCUCUAAAUGUUGUAUAUCGAGGAAUUAUAAAAAGACGCACAUGUGUGUGUGUGUGCGCGAACGUGUGUGUGUGGAAGUGCCCAUGGGCAGUAAAUCUAAUCGCGAAUAUUUCUAAGUGUUUUAUAGUUUCUUGUUUUGCGCAAAUAUGCGAGACUUAUUUAUGCCUCUGUAUGAUAGUUUGUCAUUUGCGCAACUCCCCUGUUCGCAGGCCCAACGAAAGUAAAGUUUUUUUCAAUUGUGUUA